GGAGAAAAAGUUGUGGGGACCAAACUCCAAUUGACUACAACAACUUGAAAGGAAGAAACAUGGAGACUUCUGAAGUUUCAGCAGUUUAGAACUAUUCCCUAUCAUGACCGGAAGCACUUCAAGGUUGGAAAUAAGUGAUUAAAUUCCUUCUGAUCGAGGAAGAAAAAAUUAAGAAACACCAAAUUUUCUAAAUCCAUUCGUUCAAAUCCUAAAGAUGAGGAUAGAUUAUCAAAACCUCUUCAUGGCUUCCAUCUCAUUCUUUCUCUUUCUCUCAUCAUUAAUCAAAGCUGCAGCACAACAAAGACAGACUAAUAUAAGCUUAGGAUCUUCCCUAACACCCACCAAGAACUCUUCAUGGCUGUCACCUUCUGGUCUUUACGCUUUUGGAUUUUAUCAACAAGGCAAUGGCUAUGCUGUUGGUGUUUUUCUUGCUGGAGCUCCCCAAAAGACAGUAGUCUGGACCGCCAAUCGCGAUGAUCCACCAGUGUCAAAAGAUGUUACGUUGCUCUUCACUAGUGAUUCCGGUUUCGUGUUGCAAUCUGCGAGUGGCCAAAACAGUUCCGUUUUUAUUUCUGCUGACCAGUCUGCUUCUUCAGCUGCUUUGUUUGAUUCGGGGAACUUUGUGCUUUACAAUUCCGAACGUGAUAUAAUAUGGCAGAGUUUUGAUAACCCAAUUGAUACAUUGUUGCCUACUCAACGUCUUGAAGCUGGUAACGAGCUUAUUUCCAGUGUUUCAGCAACUGAUCACUCAACUGGAAUUUUUCGUCUUAAGAUGCAAGAUGAUGGAAAUCUUGUGCAGUAUCCGGUGAGAACUCUGGAUACUGCUGCAUUUGCUUAUUGGGCAUCCGGUACAAAUGGGGCAGGAGAUAAUGUGACACUAAAUCUUGAUCAUGAUGGUCGUCUCUACCUGCUCAAUAACACUGGCUUCAACAUCAGAAAUAUCACAGAAGGAGGGUUUCCUGUGCAAGAAACAAUUUACAUGAUCAGACUUGAUUUUGAUGGCAUAUUCAGAUUGUAUUCGUACGAUCUGAAAGAGAAUGGAAACUGGUCAGUUUUACAUUCUUCAACAGAUGACAGGUGCGCUCCCAAGGGAUUAUGUGGUCUCAAUAGUUAUUGCAUUCUAAAUGAUCAGGAACCUGAAUGUAUAUGUCUUCCAGGAUUUGGAUUUGUUUCUGAAGGGAAUUGGACUGCAGGCUGUGAAAGGAACUCUAUUACUGAAAGUUGCAAAGGCGAUAAUGUAAGUAACAGGAUUCAAGAACUAACCAAUACCGUAUGGCUAGAUAAUACAUACUUCGUUCUGUCAUCUUAUAAUAAAGAAGAUUGUGAAAAAGCCUGUUUGGAGGAUUGUAACUGCGAUGCUGCAUUUUACAACAGUGGAGAGUGCAGAAAGCAGGGAUUGCCUUUGAGAUAUGGGAGAAGAGAUUUGCGUGAUUCAAACUUGGCCUUGAUCAAGGUUGGAAGAUCUGUAUCCAACCCAAAUAUAAUUGAGCCUAUAAAGAAGAAGAAAGAGCCUGGCAAAGUCUUACUAAUUGUUAGUGCUUCAGUUAUUGGUUUUGGGUUUCUUGUGUUGACAGUUAUCGGCAUCAUGAUCUACAGAUAUCAUGUAAAGGCAUAUAAAAGGAUCUCUAGCAAUGAGCAUAUGGGAUUAAGUGAGGAAGUUGCUCCUUUAUCCUUUACCUAUGCUGAACUAGAGAGAGUGACUGAUGGCUUCAAGGAAGAAAUCGGCAGAGGUUCUUUUGGGACAGUUUAUAAAGGGCUGUUAUCAAGUAGUCAGAAAGUUGUAGCUGUGAAAAAAUUGGAAAGAGUUUUAGCUGAUGGAGAUAGAGAAUUUCAGACUGAAAUGAAGGUUAUUGGAAAAACCCAUCACAGGAACCUAGUAUGCCUACUCGGUUAUUGCAAUGAAGGACUUAAUCGGCUCUUGGUAUAUGAUUUCAUGAGCAAUGGUUCUCUUUCUGAUGUACUCUUCUCACCUGAAAAAAGACCAUGUUUCACGGAAAGAAUCGAAAUUGCUCGCAACAUAGCUAGAGGUAUUCUAUAUUUGCAUGAAGAAUGUGAAACGCAGAUCAUCCAUUGCGAUAUAAAACCAGAGAACAUAUUAAUGGAUGCAUACAUGUGUCCAAAAAUUUCAGACUUUGGAUUGGCGAAGCUACUGAAGCCAGACCAAACCAAAACCAUGACAGGAAUUAGAGGAACAAGAGGAUAUGUUGCGCCAGAAUGGCAUCGCAAGCUGCCUGUGACUACUAAAGCAGAUGUUUAUAGUUUUGGAAUUGUGUUGCUAGAGAUAGCAUGUUGUCGGAAGCAUGUGGAUCUUAGUGCUCCAGAGCAUGAAUGUAUUCUUGUAGAAUGGGUUUACAAUUGUUUUGAAAAUGGUGAAUUGGAUGAACUUGUAGGUGAUGACAAAGAGGUUGAUAAGAGGCAAAUGAAUAGAAUGAUCAAAGUGGGGCUUUGGUGCACUCUCGACGAACCAUCCCUUCGCCCUUCUAUGAAAAAGGUUCUAUUGAUGUUGGAAGGAACAGUAGACAUUCCUACACCUCCAAGUCCUACAUCUUUUCUCAGUUGCAUGUAAGUAUUAUGUUUGUCUUUCUCUCUUUCACUCUGCUUUUCGUUGCUUUUUAACGUUAAUCAAGAUCACAAAUAAUGACAUGAUAUCUAUUUGAAGAAAUAAUUAAUAAUAUCAACUUCUAGCCACUCUAUAGUUUGGAUGAAAAAUUAGCAUUCUACCAACUUCUAGCCACUCCAGGUGGGAAGUUGCACCACAGCCAAAUGGGCACAUCAAGCAGGACGCUCUCUGACAUGAUGUAAAGUCAAGCUUGAACAAGCUUUUCUUGUUAAAUGCAGAACUUUUGCUGCCUCA